GGGGACAAACUCAGCUGCUCUUUUUCCCCUUGCCUUUGCCCGCGUAAUUCUUACAGCGAAGAUUCCGUGCGAUAGAGCGUAAUCGACCACAGUGUCACAGCAUUGCACAGCAUCGCUUCCAUUCAGCGGACGACAAAGAUUUGCAUGUUUGAACAUAUGAUGUUCGGGCACAGUGUGAAACAUCGACAAGUUAAACGGGAAAAAAAAAAUUAAAAAUUAGACACAAUGAUUAUCCCUGUACGCUGCUUUACGUGCGGAAAAGUAAUUGGCAAUAAAUGGGAGGCAUAUCUUGGACUUCUUCAGGCAGAAUAUACGGAAGGAGACGCCUUGGAUGCGCUUGGCCUUAAAAGAUAUUGUUGUCGCAGGAUGCUGCUUGGGCAUGUAGAUCUAAUUGAAAAGUUACUUAACUAUGCGCCAUUAGAGAAGUAAUUUAUUUAACUAUGAAUAUUUAAUAUCAAUAAAUCUUUACAUCUA